AUGGCCCAGCCGGUCAAGAUCAACAUUGGCGGCGAAAAACUGGUUACUGUGUAUCCAGACCUGCUUCGUGUGGCAGGCGUGAGCAAGCUCUCAACAAUCGGCUCUGACAGUUGGGAGUCGCCGUUGGAUUCUGAUGGGAAUGUGUUCGUCGACUACUCUCCUGGAGUGUUCAUGCCUCUCAUAGAGUGGCUACGAGAAGUUCGUGACGCUGAGCCCGGCCAGCAAGUUUUGGUACAAGUAGAGGACAGGCGCAGAAGCGCGUGGAUCCGCAUGAUGGGUGCCUUCGCCUUCCCUCCGCAGCUCCUGCGUCUGGCGGGUAUCGGAGCUGGCGAGCUAGCAGCCAUGGGAUUUUCUGCUUCUCACCUUCACUCGGCUGCAGGGUUCAGUGUGGAAGAGCUCGUCCUUGCCGGCUUUCAGGCGGCAGCCGUGAGAGAUCUUUUGAAAGACGGUGAGCUCACAUCUGUGCUGAGCAACGUGCGCCCAAGCGUGGGGUCGUGGACGCUUGCCGAGCUGGAAUCUCGUGGCUUCACGGAAUCGGAGUUGACAGCUGCAGGAUUCAUCAGAGAGGAGUCAGGAUCCCUCUUCGGGGCUCCCUCAGGAUCCCUCUUCGGGGCUCCCUUGUUCGGCUCCGCAAAUCGAGGACUUUUUGGCUUGGACGAUGCCACCUCGAGCACUUUGCCUGCUGCGACUGCCCCGCAGUCCCGAUCUGGAACAUUUCCCAGGCUCCUAGAGCCCUUCAAUAAAGCUGGCCUGACAGAUGACAGUUCGGUCCACCCAGCAACAGCCCCAACAGAUGACAAUGAGCUGUGA